UUGAAAAUGAUAAGUAAAACUGGAAUUUCAGCAUCGCUGAUUAGGAUCGCCCGUGUCCGUAUCACCUUACAUAAUGGCCAAGAGACACACUUGGGAUCAAAUGCGUCAGAUCUUUAUGCAGGCGAUAAAUGCCGUGCACCCUGAGAAGAUAUUUAGUGAUUACCAAAAAUUUGACUUGAGGCCUACGGAGUUGUCGAUAAAACUAAAUGGAGAGCGGCAGGACAUCACUGGAAAGUCCUGUCACAUUGUGGGAUUUGGUAAAGCAGUCCUGGGAAUGGCCAACAAGGUUCACCAGGACCUGGGAACCCACUCAUCCGGAGGAGUGCUGAGUGUCCCGGUAAACACCCUGAAACAGUUCCAACAACCCAUUGCUCCUGAAUUGGUUGUCUACGAAGGAGCACCCAACAACCUUCCAGAUGACAAUGCUCUGAAGGCAGCCCAGCAAAUUAAGCAGCUCGCCGAGAAGAUGACGUCGCAGGACAUUCUUUUAGUCUUCAUUUCAGGAGGAGGGUCUGCACUUUUGCCCUUGCCCAGGCUACCUUUGACUCUGGAUGACAAGCGCAGCAUUGCAGAUAAGCUAAUGAAACGGGGAGCUAGCAUCCAGGAGAUAAAUGCCGUGAGAAUAGCCUGUUCAGAUAUCAAAGGAGGCAAAUUGGCCAAAUUUGCCGGUCAAGCGGGACUUCUGGUGACCUUUGUACUAAGCGACAUCAUCGGAGAUCCCCUGGAGCUGAUAGCCUGUGGCCCCACUAUCCAACCCGUGGCCGGAGCAUCUCCGUCUGAAAUCCUUAAGAAGCAUCAGGUCUGGGAAGAGCUUUCCCCAGAGGUGCAAAAGGUGUUCGAGGUACCGGAAGAACAGAAGAACUCAUCCUUGCCCGAGCACAAGGUCUUUGUUGUGGGUAGCAAUGUGAUAGCCACUUCCACAGCUGCCUUAGAAGCUGAGAAACUAGGCUAUAUUCCCUGCGUGCUCAGUUGUGCCGUUCAAGGAGAUGUUGCUCAAGUAGCUGGCGACUAUCAGAGAUUGCUUCAGAGUAUAUAUGAAGCAAAAAAUCAUGGUAUACGAGAUCAGCAGCUCAGGGAGAAGUAUACCUUCGGGGAUAGGAGUUUCCCGGACUUUAGGAAGGCCUUAGAAGACCAUUUGAUCAGCAAAAAGCCGCUGUUUCUGAUCUGUGGAGGCGAACCAGUCAUAAAAGUUACGGGCCAUGGAUUGGGUGGUAGGAGCCAACACUUGGCCCUGCUGAUGGCACAAACCCUGCAUCGCGACGAGGCCAUGAGAGAUUGCACCUUCCUAAGCGCCGGAACCGAUGGCAUCGAUGGACCCACCGAUGCAGCCGGAGCCAUUGGGGACAGCAGGGUAGUAGAAUCGUACCUGGGGGAUCACACCCUCGACGAAUUGGCUGAGACGCUGCGGAAUUGCGACAGCUAUACUUUCUACAAGAAUCUCUCGCAGGGCGAAUACCACGUGCUCACUGGACACACGGGUACCAAUGUGAUGGAUCUGCACUUCCUGGUUGUGCCUUAGAGCAACGCCCCCGCCCACAAAUAUACACAGAUAUGUGGGGCAGUUCGUUAAUGGAGCUGCUCUUGAACCGCAGACGGGCCAUAGUCGUUUAAAUUUGUUUUUACGAUUUUCCUCUUUAAUUUUGCUCUAUGAAAUUUUUACGACUUUUUUCAUUUACAUUUUUAAUAUCCAUUCAAAUUCAAAUAAUUUUGUGAUCUUUAUGCUCUGAGAUGGUCGACAGUGACAGCAUAAAAUGACAAUUAGCUUUCGUCUCCGGUUUGGAAAUUAGCCUGGAAUUGUCUUGAUUGUGAUUAUGUGUCAGGCAAAACGAACGACAGAUGUGAUAAAUCAAUUUGUACAUGCGAUCACCACAGAGCAUAAAUAUCCCUGAGUAAUAUCCAUUUAAUUUCCAUUUCUUUUAUACUGCGUCUCAUAAAAAUGCGCUGCUAAUAAAUCAUCUUAAUUGUUCGAAACGCCAAAGGCAAACAGUAGCCAGCGAGCAACUACAACAAUAGCUAGCGAUAAUUGCAAUUAAAAAUGUAAAUUUA